GUUCGCUUGUCUGACCACCGUGCACGCCAGAGAAGGUCUCUCUCUACAGUUCCAGGUAGACACUGUACGCUGCAGCCAUGGCUCUUCUAAAGACAACCAGAUUAAUCUCCUCCGUUGGGUCCCAUAGUUCUGCUCUGGGAGUCCUCCCUAUCCGUGCAAGCUCAUGGUGGUCCGAUGUGCAGAUGGGCCCCCCCGAUCCCAUCCUGGGGGUGACGGAGGCCUUCAAGAAGGACAGCAACCCUAAGAAGAUGAACCUGGGGGUGGGGGCCUACCGUGACGACAACGGCAAACCAUACGUCCUCAGCUGCGUACGCAAGGCGGAGGCCCUGAUCAUGGGUAAGGGGCUGGAUAAGGAGUACCUGCCCAUCGGAGGCCUGGGGGAUUUCAGCAAGGCCUGUGCCGUCCUCGCCCUGGGGCCUAAAAACGAGGUCCUCCAGAGCGGCAGGAGCAUCACGGUGCAGACCAUCUCUGGAACCGGCUCCCUCAGGAUCGGGGGCAACUUCCUGUCUCGUUUCCACACCGCGGCGCGUGACAUCUACUUGCCCAAGCCAUCAUGGGGUAACCACACCCCUAUCUUCCGUGACGCUGGCCUGGAGCUCAAGGCCUACCGCUACUAUGACCCCAACACCUGCGGCUUUGACUUCAAGGGGGCCCUCGAUGACAUCUCGAAAAUCCCGGAGAAGAGUAUGAUUCUGUUGCACGCCUGCGCCCACAACCCCACUGGCGUCGACCCCCGGCCUGAGCAGUGGAAGGAGCUGUCUGCCGUCAUCAAGAAAAGGAACCUGCUGGUGUUCUUCGACAUGGCGUACCAGGGCUUCGCCAGCGGGGACAUCGACCGCGACGCCUGGGCCGUGCGCCACUUCAUCGAGGAGGGCCACAACAUUGUGCUGUCCCAGUCCUUCGCCAAGAACAUGGGCCUCUACGGUGAGCGUGUGGGAGGCUUCACGGUGGUGUGUAAGGACGCUGAGGAGGCCAAGCGCGUGGAGUCCCAGCUGAAGAUCCUGAUCAGGCCCAUCUACUCCAACCCCCCCAUGAACGGAGCCCGCAUCGCAUCCACCAUCCUCACCACCCCAGACCUCUACGCAGAGUGGCUGCAGGAGGUUCAUACCAUGGCCAAUCGCAUCAUCAAGAUGAGAGAAAUGCUGGUUGCCAACCUGAAGAAGAAUGGCUCCUCCCACAACUGGCAACACGUCAUCGACCAAAUCGGCAUGUUCUGCUUCACUGGACUCAAACCAGAGCAGGUGGCGCGCUUGUCUAACGAGUUCUCCAUCUACAUGACGAAGGACGGCCGUAUCUCCAUGGCUGGCGUCUCCUCUGGCAACGUGGGCUACCUGGCCGAGGGCAUCCACGCUGUUACUAAGUAACCGUCUUCCUGGCAACCACAGAGGAGGCUUUAGAUUGGACAGGAGAGGGGGGUGAGGGAUGAAGAGCGGGAGAGGGAAAAAAAAGAAAAAACAUACUUUUAAAGCCUUCACAUUAUAUUUCUGUUCUGUCCCCUCCUCACACUCAUCCUUUCGUAGGUGGGGAGAUGUUGAAGUAGGUCAGAUAUUAGUUCAUUUCAGGUUUUUUUUUUCUUUCAUUUGGCGUUGGUGUCAUUUGUCUGUGACUUCCAGUAGGUUUUAAAUGUGGGAUGCAACCCAGCCAGUGCGCCACAGGCCCUCCAAAAGCACUUAAGAUGUAUAGCAGAGGGCCUGAACCAUUAUGUACUUCUCAAAGACACGCAUGUCUGUACGAGCACAAGGACACGGUCGGCAAAAUCUUUCCAAUUUUAUUCCUGACAGGGUGACAGGAUUUAGAUCAAUAAUGAUAUUGUUACAAACACGUGUUACCAAAAUCAUGUGUAACCAAAAAAAUGGCGUACACCUUCAGUUACAAAGAACUUUAUUUAAAAUAUUUAUUAAGCGGUUUUUAAAACCAAACCAUGAAUUUGGGCUUCAAAGAGCAUCGUGAAAAUGUUACUUAAGUUGCAAUCCUAGAUGUGUGACUGGUUCUAACCACCCAGAUUAUAAAACGUGGAUGUUGAUGCAAUGCGGGUGCAAUCGUUACACUCCUCAGUAGUAAAUGAACACUGCAGUGCAAAAGGUACUCACUCCCUCUAUGUGGUCACACAUGCACACAUACCGCGUGCUGCUGCAAAUUUUUUCAUUUCAGACACAUGGCAACUUAUGAUGAUUUACUGACUGUACAUCAGUGUUUACGUCAGAGCACAUCAAGGAUUAGAUGAAUAAACUCCAGAAUAUAUUUGAAGGACAAGAAGGCACCCAGCUGUUAAAGCCAGAGGUUUUACGCCUCUGGUCAAACGCCUGAGGUGAACUUGGCACUACAGAAUCACUGCUGAAAAUCCAAUGUCCUUGACGGAUCACAUCUAAUGUGUAAAUGUUUCUUACUGUGUAGGGACGGGGGUAGAUAUGGAAGGGCAGGGGAAGGAACAUUACAUUUCUCUUUUCUGUUUUUUUCUUUUUCUUUUUUUCAAAUUUGCAGUAUAAAACAUGAAGACAUUUCACAUCAUGUCUUCUGUUAGAGUAUUGCCGGUUAGUGUGAGACUGGUCUACUCACUUCAGUGUUAGUAUUGUCUAGUGUGUGUUUUUAUUUUUAUUUUUGCACUUCUGUGGAAAGAGUUGCUUUUGCACUUUUGAUGUGAUGGGUUCAGGGGUACUGACUGACUAACUAUCUACUGAUCAACCUUAAUGUUGUCCACAACCUGGUAUGGUUCAACACAUUCAAAUGCAAACUCAUCAAUGGCCUAUAAUCUACUAGCACAAAAUGCAGAAAGUGCAGUUCAAAUAAAUAUUUACAGUUCAAUACAAUCUGUCGAUUGAUUCUGAAAUGUGUAUAUUUCCAUCAAGCAGUUCACAAUCCGUUCAAUGUGUGAAUGACGUCUAAAAUACUGUAAAGAAUAAAUAUGAAUAAAGUAUAAGAAUGAA